AUGAAGAUGCACCCCGUCUUCCAUGUAUCAUUGCUGGACCCCGCUGCGAAUGAUCCUGUCCCAGGGCAAAUUCAACCACCACCCCCGCCCAUUAUCGUCGAACAAGAGGAGGAGUAUGCAGUUGAGGAAAUCUUGGACUCGCGAGGGUUACGGAACACUGGCCUGCAAUACUUUGUUAAGUGGACAGGCUAUACCGACCCUACCUGGGAACCCGCCGCAUACAACGAUAAUACUGCCGCCAUUGAUAUCUUCCACAUACGCUACCCCGACAAACCUGGACCAUUGGAAGGAAAGAUUAAGGAUAAGGCUCGCAGGAGCUCGCGCUUGAAGGGAGGGGCUACUUUCAUGGAUCGAUUAGUGGAGGUACGGGGUUGUGAAGAGUCGGAUUAG